CCGGAAGAGAAGAAGGUCCUUUUCCCAGCCAUCUUGUGGCUUCAUCUAGCGAAGUGUUCGCACCAAGCCUCGUAGAAUCGGAGGAAAAUCCUGCUGAAGGGGCGCCAUCAUGCCCGGACAAAUGCAAGAAGGUUUUGGCUGUGCCAUAACCAAUCGGUUCGACCAGUUAUUUGACGAUGAGUCGGAUCCAUUUGAACUCCUGAAGCAGGCCGAAGUGAAGAAGAAGGAGGCUCCAGCUCCUGGUGCCGCCAAGACUGCAGCCCAGGCUGCCAAGCAGCCCAAAAAGGAGUCCCAAAAAGACAGAAAGGCCCCACUGGCUGAUAAGAAGGAGGAAACCCAGGCACCCGUCCCGCUUAAGAAAGAUGGUGCCGGCAUGAGGAGAAUGGGCCGCAAGCCGGAGGGCGAUGGCUCCAGACCCCAGGGCGGCCAGGGAGAGGGGCGCCCCCCCACAGACAGACGGCCUGUGGACAGGCGGCCCCCGCGCCGCUUCGAGAGGCCUGCUGGUGAUGCUGGUGAGAAGCCUGAGGGAGGCGAAUUCUCAGUGGAAAAACCCAUUGGUGAUAGGCCGAUGAGAGGACGUGGUGGUGGAAGGGGAGGCCGUGGAGGCAGAGGCCGUGGCAUGGGCCGCACCGAUGGUUUUGAUUCCAGAGGGAAACGGGAAUUUGACAGACAUAGUGGCAGUGACCGAACUAGCAUGAAAGGUGAGGAGAAGCGUGGUGGAAGUGGAUCUCACAACUGGGGCACUGUCAAGGAUGAACUAAAUGAGCUUGACCAAUCAAACGUCACUGAGGAGAAUCCUGAAGGAGAGGAGCAUCCACCUGCUGACUCCGAGAAUAAAAGGGAGAAUGAGGUUGAGGAAGUGAAGGAUGAAGGCCCCAAGGAGAUGACUCUGGAUGAAUGGAAAGCCAUGCAGGACAAGGAGCGGGCCAAGGUGGAGUUCAACAUCCGUAAGGCCAACGAGGGAGCUGAAUGGAACAAAGCGUUUGUGGUGCUGCACAAGUCCAAGGCAGAGGAUAAGAAGAGCGAGGUGAUUGACCCUGAGGUUGAUGAGUCUAAGUUAGAGGAUGAGCACCACUUCCGGAAGCCAGCCAAUGACAUUACGUCCCAGCUGGAGAUCAACUUCGGAGACUUGGGCCGUCCAGGCCGCGGACGCGGUGGACCACGCGGUGGUCGGGGCGGCCGGGGCCGUGGCGCACCUGGUGGUGGUGGUGGUGGCGGCAGUGUUGAAGCCACUAGGCCAGUCCGUGGUGGAAGGACUGACAAGUCAUCUGCGUCUGUGCCCAACGUGGAUGACCCAGAGGCCUUCCCAGCCCUGGCUUAAGCCCUGGCUGCUGUCUCUCAGGCCUACAGGAGCCUCUUACGCACCUCCACUACGAGGCUUGCAUGUUCCUGGAUCCUUCAGCAAAGUGAAAUGAUGGAGAAAACUGUCAUUAACUAUGGCACUCAACGUGAGGACUGAGUUUUACCCAUUAAAAACAAAACGAAGAUGGAAAAAAAAAACAGAAAUUAACACAAAAAAAACAAAAAAAGAAAAGGACUUCUUGCUACUCCGGAGCAACUUAUUGGUAGAGGUUUUGUACUUGGAAACAAAGUAGCAGGGAUGUUUUCAUACAGUAUUUUUUUCAGAGGUUAUGCAUUGUCCAUUGAUACAUUUUUGUAAUUGCUGCUUGAAAAUAUGCAUUUCAAAAUGUAAGCAUAAGAGUGUCUUUAGCUUGGUGUGAGCCAUUGCUUGCUUUAAAAUGUGCUCUGGAGCUCCAACCCAAGCUCGUAAGCUCUGCCACACCAGGUAUUUCCGAUGAAGUUUGAGCUUCACUCAUUGAGAUUUAUGGAUUUUCUUUUUUUCUUUAGCACUGGGGUAUUGUUUUAUAUUUUAUACAGGAGGUCUAUUCUUCUAUGAUCUUCAGCCUGUAAAUCUUAACUAUUUUCAUAAAUUCUUUCAGAGACUAUUCACAAGGUGCAUAGAAGACACACCUUGAUCUUUUGAUCAAGCGAUGCUGCCUACAUUUGAAUGCAUUGAAGAAAUGGCACCUAAAUCUGUAUUAAGGUUCUUUUGUACUGAAAUGUUCUAAAGGAGGAACAUUAGGUCAUCUUGGGGGAACACAAAUUUGCAUUGAUCCUGAGACUUUUGUCAAGUGGAUUUAUUUUAAACUGAAAGUUAUUCCAUAUGAUUAGUUACUUGUAGUUGGGGUGCUAUACACCAUCUCAUGUCCCUUCCUCCCUUCCCAUUUCAGCUUUGAUUACUCAAAGUGAAUUAAUGCCUUUUUUACUUUAAAGAGUGACACAGAGACGAAGUGUCUUUACACAGUUGAUGUGGCUGUAGUGUGGAAGCCCUCAGACGUUCUAUUUGUUUACACUCCACUCGAGCAUCCUUCCACAGACUUGGCACAGCUUCAGUUUUUCUGCAGUCUGCUGAUAUUUUCCUCCACUGACUUGCCCUGUAGCUUCAACAGUGGCACCACUGCAUAAUUGCUCUGAAAGAAAUACAGUCGUUCAUUGUGUGGAACAACUGAAGUGCUCUACAAAUGUGUGAAUUCUAGCCCUGCUAUUAGAGACCUCUGUCGGUAAAUAAAGAUGGUCGAUAAA